AUGUCACGUCCAGAACAUGCAGCAGCACCAGAAAUCUUUUACAACGAAGAACAAGCAGCGAAAUAUUCAAUUAAUUCACGAAUAAUAUCAGUUCAGUCCGAGAUGUCGAAAAGAGCAAUUCAAUUAUUGGCGCUUCCUGACGAUAAAUCUUGUUUUUUGUUAGAUAUUGGCUGUGGUUCAGGGCUUAGUGGACAAAUUUUGACAGAAGCUGGCCAUCAGUGGAUUGGAAUUGAUAUAAGCAAGGCAAUGCUUGACAUUGCUCAGAAUGGUAGAGAAGUAAGCGGUGAUCUAAUUUUGGGAGAUAUUGGUAAUGGAUUGCCAUUUGUUCCAGGCUCAUUUGAUGGUGCGAUAAGUAUAUCGGCUAUUCAGUGGCUUUGUCAUUCAAAUUCACGAGAUGAGAAUCCGAAAAAACGACUUUUACAUUUUUUUCAAACGUUAUAUGCUUGCUUAUGUCGUGGAACUCGAGCAGUUUUUCAGUUUUAUCCCGAGACAGUUGAGCAGAGCGAACUUAUUUCAUCUUAUGCAAUGCGAGCUGGUUUUACUGGUGGUCUCGUAAUUGAUUAUCCAAAUAGUACUAAAGCAAAAAAAAUUCGCAUUUCUAAUUAUGUACUUUUAAAAUUUUUUCGAAUAUAUCUGGUUUUGAUGACUGGUGGUCAGCAACAUCUUCCUCGAGCUCUUACAUCAUUUAAUAAAGAGAAUAAUCAUAUUCCGAGUAUUGAGAGGAGAGUUUUUGGAAUAAAGAAAAAUAAAUCCGACUUGGCCAAAGGAUCAAAAGCUUGGAUUAAAGCGAAAAAAGAAAGAGCAAGGAAACGAGGAAAGCAAUUAUAUAUUCAUGCAACACUCAAUUAA